AUGUCUCGACCCCCACCUCCGACUGAAUUCCAGGAGCUAAACAGACCAAAGCUGGCCUGUCUGCUCUGUGCGCGCCGCAAGGUGAAAUGUGACAAAGGCGAUCCUUGCUCCAACUGUCUCAAAGCCGAAGCAAAGUGUCUUUAUGAAGGACCCACUCCAAAUCGACCUCGAAAAAGGGCUGCGGAUGAAGAGCUCCUCACCCGGAUAGCACAAUAUGAAGACCUUCUGCGAGAGCACAAUAUUGAAUUUGAGCCUUACACUCACACGUGGAUCCAUUCCAAUCUAGAUGCAAGCGACGCUGAUAAGAGGGAGGCAAACAAAGUGCUUUGCCUGUGGUCGACUCUUCCGCUAGAGCUGCAAUAUCCUCCCACUCAAACCCUGGGACACAAAGACGAUCCUCUUCUAUAUCCCGCCAUAUCUUUGCAAUCCGUUCUCUCUGAUAAUCAUACCGAACUCCAUGAAUUGCAUCCAGAACCAAGACACAUCUACCGGUUCUGGCAGAUGUUCGUCGAAAGGAUCAAUCCGAUGACGAAGAUCGUCCAUGUGCCCACACUGCAGCAGCGCGUCUUGGAUGUUAGUUGGGACCCCAGGAACGCGGCGAAACCGUUGGCAGCCAUCCUCUUUGCCAUCUAUACCAUCGCAGUUACCUCCACCACGUCAGAUGAAUGUCAGGCCUUGUUUGACGAAACCAGGGGGUCCUUACUCACGCGAUAUCGUGCCGCAACUCUCCGGGCCCUCAUGGAAGCCGACUUCCUCACAACGAGGAAUCUCGAAGUUCUUCAAGCAUUAGUGCUGUUCCUCUUCUCCAAUCCUCGGUCUGAGCUAUCAACCACCCUGACUGGUGCUGCUAUUCGGAUAGCCGACAAAAUGGGGCUUCAGCAAGAAAGCACCGAUCCAAGGAUCACAUUCUUCGAAAAGGAGAUGCGCAUCCGUCUUUGGUGGCAGUUACGCGGACUUGAUGCCCGAUGUCGUAUUGCUUCCACCCCAGGAAUCAAGAAGCCGCCACCACCAUCUGAGAUUGGCGACAUCCGCCUCCCACUCAACGUUAACGACGCGGAUCUGCAUCCGAACAUGACCGAGCCCCCUUUGGAACACAAUGGUCCUACCGAGAUGAUGUGUGUUUUGAUGAAGCUCGAAGUCUCCAAUUGGUGUCGCCACUCGCCCAACGCUGCCAAACUCUUCGAGAAUGUUCUUCAGAACCAAGUCGGAAACAAGGCGUCAAUCAACCUGCAAAGCAAGGUUGUCAAUGAACUCCAAGCCAUAUACUACCAGAAAUACUUUAUCAAUUCAGACACACGUAUACCACUGCACCGUCUAACACUCAACAUUGCCAAUAUUUCAAUCGCGCGCCUGCGUUUUGCCAUCUACCAUCCCCGGGCACGUGCAACGAAGGAAGAUACGGACGUGUAUAUAGUCGAGAAAGAAAGCGAUAUUCUGUUUGAGUCAGCCUUGACUUGGCUCGAAGCUAUGGCGGAUGUGAGGCGUUGCAAUACGUUUUCACCUCAUUUAUUCGCGCACAUGACCACGGAUUCCCAGCUGGAUGCUUAUAUCUACCUCAUUAGCGAGCUGAGACAGCGAUGUUCUGGGGAAAGGGUACUCAAGGCUUGGAAUCUGGUAGAGAAGCUUUACAACGAACAUCCAGAACUCAUCCGUGAUACGAACGAGUUCUUUGUAGCUUUCGGAAAUUUGACUUUGGAGGCAUGGGGGGCCCGCAAAUUGCGUGAAACGCCGCCGUUUAUCCAAUCGCUCUGGGAUGUGAGACAGUACGAACUUCCGGAAUGCGGACAUCUGCACCCCUUUUCGAAUCCUGAUGGCCCUCAAGGUCUCAGUUUGGAAGAUGAAAAAGAGUUGAACUGGGUGUACUGGAGCGAUCUGCUUCGCUUGUGAAGACGCGAGUUGGUGAUGGGCAACACCUUAAUGUAUCAUUAAAUUGACUAUUGACGAUGCGUUUGUUCCGUAGCCUUGUGCCAUAACGGCUCUUUGUCUGAUUGAAG